CCGGUUCCACGGCAUCCUCAGCUGCACAGCGCGGUUGGGAAUUUCUAUUUAAAAAAUCGUCUUUUUUUGUCGCUAAGCGUCGUUUCACGAACGAAUCCCGCGUGUCGAAACCGUCUUUGUGUGUUUUAAGUUGCAGAGUGCUCGUUUUUAUUCCUGUUAAAAAAAUUUUUUUUUAAUAUCUGCCAAGACCUGGAGGCUGGAACCGUCGCGGUCAAGCGAAGCCGGCGGGGUCACCUCGCCUCUCUCCCGUUCAACUUCUCUCGGCGGGCUGCUGCUGGAAAAACACACGACGUACGUGCAGCUAGACCUACGACGUAUAACAACAACAACCGCCAUUCACCACUAAGUGGCGGUGACGUCACCACGACGCUUGUGCCAGGCCAUGUGCACCUUGAGGCCACGUGAAGUGUCGAACGCCCGCCGGCAGGAGGUCACGGGGCAGACCCAGGUGCCACGGGUCGACUGACCGACGUACGUACACAUACACACACACACACCAGCAAGUCGGCGGGCAUGAGCUGGUCCCCGCGUCUAGCCGGCAAGCGGCAGCGGCGCGCCGUGCGCCUCUGCCUGGCGUUGGCGCUGCUGGUCGUGGCGCUGCUGGCCCUCGCCCCGGCGCUGCUGCCUCCGUCGCUGGCUCUGCCGCUGCUGCUGGGCAACCCCUUGAAGGAGCGGCGCUUCGUGGGCGCCGACGCGUGCCCUGCAUGCUUCGGCGUCAGCUGGUGCCGCAAGUUCUCGGCCGGGCAGCUCGUGCUCGACUCGUGGCACCGUCUGCGCUUCUUGGAUUUUGUCAACGUCAAGCAGGUGUACUUUGGCCACUAUGACGACCCGCGAGAAGGCCGCAAGGCUGUGGUACUGAAACGCUUGGGCAGCGCCUCGGAGCUGGCGGCCUUGGACCACGACAUCUGUCGGGAUGCUGCGAUGGGCAGCGGCGGCAGUGACGCAGUGACACCUUGCCACCCAGCUUUGGCCAUGCUGCACUGGGAGCCUUUCCACCAGGCCAUGCUGGGGGGCGACAGCCACUCGGGUCCACGGCAGGUGCAGCACUCGAGCCCCAACGAUCAACACCGGCCGGGGCAGAAUCUAAUUGACAACCCGGUACAGAAUAAAAUAGAGCAGCUGACGCAACUUGAACAGCAGCAGCUGCUGAAUCAGAACUUAAUACAAGUUCAACAGGCAGGUCCACCUCUCCAACAGCAGCAGCAGCAGGCGGUGGUGCCGCGACUGCUGACGCCGGCGAUGGUGGCGGGCUGGUCGGACAUGGUGCGCUGCCCGUCCCAGCGCCUGCUGGACCGCGUGGUGCGUCGCUACGCGGAGGCUCGCGACUCGGGCAGCGUGCUGCUGAGCCACCUGCACGAGGGCGAGCAGGCGCAGCUGCUGCUGACGCUGCGCUUCAACCCCGAGCCGCUCGUGCUGCAGAGCUUCCCGGCGGACGAGGGCUGGCCCUUCCCCAAAUACCACGGCGCAUGCGGCCGUCUCGUGGUCGAGGCCCUGGUGGGGCCCACGCUCUGGGAGCUGUGGGACGCGCCGUGGCGACGCCGUGCCGAUCUGGCCGCGCAGCUCCUGGACCUCGCCUCGCAGCUCAGCGACAACGACCUGGACUACGCGCUCUACCCCCUCGACGUCACGCCCGACAACUUCGCAGUGGGCGAGCGCGACGGCCGCGUCGUGCUGGUGGACGCCGAGAACGUGCUCGUGGUGGACAAGCGAGCCUUGCGGCAGGAAAAACCCGACGGCUGGGACAAGUGGUACGAGAGCGGCAGCGAGGACAGCGACGACGGCGAAGUCGGCGGCGCCGGCGGCGGCCCCAACCUUGUCGCCAUGGACUCGUCCCCGCCGGACGGCGCCUGCGAGGGCUGCCUGUCGUUCUCGCGCGACGCGCUAUGCACGCGCGCGCACCACGACCACAACUUCUACGCCGUGUGCCGCAGCCUGCUGUCGCCACGCUCGCUCUGGCGUGGCCGCCGCGGCGGGCUCCUCCACUCGGCCCCGCGCGCCGUCGCCUCCAACGGCCGCCUGGUCCGGCUCGUGGAACGCUGCGCUGACCCGAGGGGCCGUCCCGGCCUCAGGGCCGCAGAGAGGCCCGGCGAGAGGAGGGUGCAGGCGGCCCGGGAGCUCCGCGCGUACCUGGCGGAGCUGCUGGCUGGGAAUAACGACGGCGACGGUAAAUGGGAGGAGCCGGUGGUGCCUUUUGGCUGAGCCUGGCACGGCUGUCUCCUCGGUGAAUUUGGCUAAAGGCUUUUGUGGGAAACCAGAGGCCCCAAGGGCCAGAACCGACCCAUGACAGCCCCGCGACCACUUGAGGCCUACAAACGAUACUUAUUCUCGUGGCAGAUCAUCAUGGGCUAAAACUACAGGGACUCAUCAUGCGAGCAAAUAUGAAGGUCGUUUCUGCGACACGGUGGUAGCUGUCCUUUCAGACAUUUUGCGAGCUGCAUUUUAAAACACUUAAAGCAUCCAGUGUGUUGAGAGGCCAACCAAAAUAGGUGGCCAGGUGUGAAGAGGAUGUUGCUGUAGGUGGUGAUAACGUGAAGAUUUGAUCACCUGCCUCGACUCCAGCGGAUUGAUGUUCAUCGAUGGUGUCACAACACAGUCUGAAUGUGAACAAAUUUUACAAAACGGACGACCUAAAGUUGCAGUGUUAUAUUUACAUUUUUGUGUGAAGCUCAGAACAAUGAACUAUUAAAAAAAAUAACUUUCAUCUUCUGUCAAUUUUCCUACGACUACAGUUUACAAUUUACGUUUUAACUAUUCAUUUUUGAUAGUGGAUCAGGGUGAAUGGCUGAACAUUUGCAAUAUGGAAAAACCUAGCAAUAUGUAUAUAUAUUUACAUCAAGCAAUGCCCAGCCAUUGUAAGUGCACUCCUUGUGAAAACCAUGGUUUAGACCACUGGUCACAUUGCAAUGCAGUACAAAUAACUCAUGGAUGAAAAAAUUAACAAGGGAUAUUGUUUUAUAGCUAGAAUAUAAUAACAUCUAAGACCUGUCAGACCAACAUUUUCCAGUACUGGUUUUGACUUGCUCUUGAUAUCACCAGCAGGAUGUGUGGCCCCAUAAAACACUCUCACGGAUGAAGACUUUCCUUGAAAUACUGGCCAUGUCAGUUAAAUUUUGAUUUAAAGCUUUCGUGACUGCAGGGAUUCAUGUUCUUGGUUCUUUCGGUAAAGUCACGUAGA